GCUUUUGUUUUGACCUCAAAAGACAAUUUAAAUGAUGGCCUGUGGGGUACUUCUGAUGCUGUUGGUCUCGCUACCUUCCUUCCUGCGUGGACAGGAACCUCAGCGAGAUGACACCCAUGUUGACAGUGUUGUGCGUUCAGCAGUAGCAGACGAGUUCAGCAGCGAGAUCCUUACCAACAAAACAAGAGCUUAUCUGUCUUGUGAGUCGGGAGAGAUGAUCGUCAAGAUAAACUUCGUUAAUCCAUUCCGUGGAGUGACGUACACAGAUUAUGACAGAACAAGCGCCUGCAAGUUCUUCGGUGAUGGGAGUAAUUACUACGAGCUGAGGAUACCCCUGAAAGGGUGUGGAACGAGGCAGGAGGCUCCACGAGUAUUCAUCAAUAAUAUAAUUGUUCGUUUUCACCGGUCUCUAGAAUUGGAAGAAGAUGAAAUUAAAACAAUCAUUUGUCGUUAUCCACCGCCCGUGGCUCCCUUGCCCGGCGCUGAUGUACCUCCAUUGUUGGAACCUGCGCCCAUCGCCCCUAUUGUUGUUCCACCCAAGCUUACAGAAGUUGAGUUGUUGUUGAUAAUUUGUGCUCUGUUAUUUCUAACACUUCUGUUGCUUGGUGUUGGUGUCGCCUACUACUGUUUGAAGAAGAGAAACAUCAAGGUGGUGCGACAGAAGAAAGCUUUGUCUUCUACUUCUGGUAGUGUAAUCACCAGGCUCAGUGGCGCCACCUUUCUGCCUGUUAUCGAACCAAUGACAAUACCACGUGUUGUACCAAGCUUAUCGCCAUCUGGGUCGGAAGCUGCUUUGCUACCGUCAGUAUCGUCUCACCGUGGGUCACGAGAAGUGAUCGAAACUAUUCCCUCAGACUACCCAAGUGAAUCUCCUUCUGCUCCUAUUAUGGAAGAGGAAGACUAUAUGCAUAGAAACGGAUUAAUUAACAACAGCAACAUACAAGGCUAUCAUAUGGCGUUUAUUUCUGGUGAUUUCAGUGAAAGAUCUAGCUAUCCCGAAGACACAGAGAGAGCCCAGAGUGUUUCUUCUGUCCCAAUUCCAACAACAAUCAAACGUGAUGCAAAGAUGAUACACUGCAGAGAAGCUAGACCACGUGAAACUAAGCAACAAAUGCUGACUACUAUCAACGAACAAGAUUACCUGCAUACACACAUGUGGGAUGAAAGAGUCGAUGGAAUGGCUAUGGCACGUGAAGAACGAGAAGUCGACGGUACUGUGUACACCAAAACUAGGCGAAAAACUCCGUCCGUAUCGUCAUAUUCUCCUUCAUUAUAUGGUAGUAUCUCUGACAAUGACAACCAAUCGCACACUGAGAUGAUAGAAUCAGUGCCAGAACGUGGACCGCCUUCUGUAUUGUCUUAUGUCCCUUCCCUUUAUGGUAGUAUCCCUGAUAAUGACAACCGAUCACACACUGAGAUGAUAAAAUCAGUGCCAGAAUGUGGACCACCUUCUGUAUCGUCUUAUGUCCCCUUCCUUUAUGGUAGUAUCCCUGAUAAUGACAACCGAUCAUACACUGAGAUGAUAGAAUCAGUGCCAGAACGUGGACCGCCUGCUGUAUCAUCUUAUGUCCCUUCCCUUUAUGGUAGUAUCCCUGACAAUGACAACAGGUCUCAUUCUGAAUUCGAAAUCGAAUCUCCCGUCAAGCCAUAUAUUCGUAAGCCUAAAACACACGUUGCAACUUUAUCAGACUACUACCUGGACACUCAAAAGACUAUUGAUAUUCAAGAGGAUACUACCCGAAAGAGUCAAUCAAUAAUACCACAUCAGGAAUCAGAUACAGAAACACCAAGGGGAAAGGCUUUGGUACCUGCUUCUCAUGUUCCAAAAUUCACUGUCCAAAAUAUUGAUGAUGUUUAUCUUACUACUCUUACCGAAACCCACGCAACAGAACGUGUCACCAGGCAUAAGAAAGGUACAAUGGAACAACAAGUGAAGUCACCUUCUGCUUGGGAUGUAACCAUACCCCAUUACCAAUCCGAACCGCCUGAAGAAUCAGCACCAGGUAAGACAUGGGAUACUUUCUCUGAAGUUAGUGAAAAGUUUAGAGAUGCUGAGAGUACAGUUACAGAACCACCAGUUCAAAUACAUUCGAACUCACCUCCCCUACCACCAGAGACAAAUAUAUACCCUCCAAACUGGGAUAUAAUAUUUAGGGUGCUUCAUCCUCCACCAGCAGAAGGUGUCCAUAAGUUAACUAAAGAAGACAAAGAAAAGUGGAAGGCUGUAGUCAGCACAGACUCGACAUUCCGUUCUCUCAUUCAAGAAGCCACCACAACUGAUGAUAUUGUUCGAAUCAGCCAAGAUGAGCGUUAUAAGAAGAUGUAUACUCCAAACAAGUGGCACGUGAUUAUUCGAAUUCUAACGACUCCUGACUAUCCUAAACCUUCUAUUCAUCAGCAACCCUCACCAGAUGUGAGAUCACCACGAUACAGAAAGAGGAGUGAUCAAGAACAGCCACGCAGUCGCAAAAGCUCUCUUCCGCCAGUUCACGAGAUUAUCGGGGACCCAUCCCGCCUAGGAAAGUCCCCAGAAAGUGUUCGUUCUAGACGUACCUCCAGGUCAGGAUCGGUUAAGGGUCUGGACGUUCGUUCUAUGACCGAAAUAGACGUGGACUUCGCUCGCGAUGACAGAGAAUCUCUAUGGAGUGUGGACACUGGCUGUACGUACAGAACAUCGCGUAGUGUUGGUGAAAGGUCGACCUCUGAAUUUCUUGAAGAGGUCCCAACUGUGCCAAGCCAUCGAACCUCCACGCAGUAUUCAAUCUUGGAACGUUCAACCUCCAAGUAUAUAUAUUCUCCUGAAUAUAUCGAGAGAGGUGUCGAUCUCGUUAUUGGUAACGCGGACAAAUUAUACGACCAGUCUUUGUCCAAUGAAGGGGUCUUAGGUGCUGAACAAGGAAAUUAUUUAGAAAGAUCCAGCCGACCAAUUCUAGAAAGGUCUAGCACUGAAAUUAUAAUUAAUUCGCCAAUAUUGAGAGCUAUGAACGGUGUUUAUACUGAUGAAGAAUAAAAACCCAGAAGCUUUGCAGAAACGUCUUCUUACAUUUAAUGGGACGAUCGUUUUUCAACUACCAAAUAAAGUUCUUUAAUAAUAUACAAUUUUAAUAACAAUUAUGGUGUCAUAAACACGACUUUAGUAUAAAAGAUACAAUAAGAAAAAAUAUUAUUUAUCAAAGGUUUAAUCCAAUCAUACUGAAUGGCUGAAUGGGAUUUAGAGAAUGUAAAAGGCAUUCUUAAGUAAUAUAAUUAUGUUUGAGGGCCUGGCAUUACCUGGUAGUUAGGAGGCUGGACUCGCAAGUUGCAGGAUCGAAACUCGGUGCCAAAUAUACUUGCCCUAUUCGUUGGUAAAAGAGCAGCCCAAAAGCUGGAGAUAGGUGUUGGCAGCCGGUUACCUGUCCUCUGAUUGACAGUUCAAAAUUAAAUAUAUAUUAAUAGCUUUGUCAUGAAAACCAAAAUACAAUCUGUUUUGAGAAAACUUCUUCUGGUGGUGAGCUUCGUGGUAUUUUUAUUGCUCGUUUAUUAGAUACUUCAAAAAUGGUUUCUUAAACUCGAAAAGUUGGUGUUCAAUUAUGAAGACCUACUAUUUAGUUCAACAACUGAGAUGAAAAGGUGCUACUAACUGGAAGGAUAUUUACUUUUUAAUAACAAAGCAAAGAAAGCGUGAUGUCACGUUUCUGCUCAGUUUUUAACGAGCUUUUCGUCAGGGUAAUCACUAUUUAUAUUCUUAACGGAGUUUAAUCGAUAAAUGUGUCCCACUUGAUAUUCAACUGCAAAGCCAUGAGUUACAAAAAAUUGGAUAAGAUUGUAAAUAUCAAGAGUGUAAAUUUGAGUGGAAUAAUUAUGUAAAUAUUCUGUGUCUGGCGGCC